AUGAAGAAGGAAGAGGAAGGGGAAGAAGAAGGAAGAAUAAGAAAGAAAAGGGAAGAAGAGGAAAGAAGAAGAAAGAAGAAGGGGAAGAAGGGGAAGAAGAAGAAGAAGAGGAAGAAGGGGAAGAAGGGGAAGAAGGGGAAGAAGAGGAAGAAGAGGAAGAAGAGAAGAAGGGGAAGAAGGGGAAGAAGGGGAAGAAGAAGAAGAAGGGGAAGAAGGGGAAGAAGAGGAAGAAGAGAAGAAGGGGAAGAAGGGGAAGAAGAAGAAGAAGGGGAAGAAGGGGAAGAAGGGGAAGAAGGGGAAGAAGAGGAAGAAGAGGAAGAAGGGGAAGAAGGGGAAGAAGAGGAAGAAGAGUCGAAGGGGAAGAAGGGGAAGAAGUGA